AUGGCCCCAUUCAACGAGGGGCGAUCUGGCCCGUACCGCCUCAUGCGAGCCUUUGCCUUUGGAGCCGCCGCCCUCGUCGGUUCUAAUCUCAUCCACGUAUCAAUGGCAAACGCAGCUGAUGUCCCUGCCGACCCAGGUCCAGGUGGCACGGCGCCUGUGCGGCCAUUCCGCCUGGAUCAAGUCCAGCUCGCCGAUGGGCUAUUCCAGGAGAAACGCGACCGAAUGAAGUCCUUUCUGAAGGAAUAUGACGAGAGGCGAUUUCUGAUGAUGUUCAACAACCAGGCUGGUCGACCAAACCCAGAUGAUAUUCAGCUUCCCGGUGGAUGGGAAGAUGGCGGUCUGCUUAGUGGACACUGGGCAGGUCAUUAUCUGACGGGACUUGCACAAGCGUACGCGGACCAGGGAGAAGAGGUCUACAAGACCAAGCUUGAUUGGAUGGUCAAAGAGCUGGCUGCUUGUCAAGAGGCUAUCACCGCCCGCAUGAACAGCCCAAGCAAAGUCAAGAGGGCAGAUAAUUCGACCGCCGUGGGCCGAGUGCCAGGAAAGUUCGGCAACGCACUCCGGCUCAAGGGGAGUGGCAAGGCCCAAUACGAGACGAUUAAUCAAAUCAAGGACUUUACCAUCGCUACCUGGGUCAAUUUGGCAGACGAUGAUUCCUGGACUCGCGUGUUUGAUUUCGGCCGCGAUACGACCACUUACAUGUUUCUGACUCCUCGCGGCAGCUCAGGCAAGCCUAGAUUUGCCAUCACCACGAGUGGAGGGGCUGGAGAACAAUCCAUUGACGGAGAUACCGCUAUCGCAAAGGACACAUGGGUGCAUAUCGCAGUCACGCAGACUGGAAGCACGGGUACGCUGUAUGUCGAUGGUGAGGUGUCUGGGACGAACAAUGCCCUAACCCUGAGCCCUUCCAACCUCAACAACCCCGGUAAUAGGUGGAUUGGUCGCUCCCAGUACAGUGACCCGAUGCUCAACGCUACCAUUGACGAGUUCCAUGUGUUCAACCGGGCACUUAGCCAAGAAGAGAUCAAAUCACUCUUGUCCUCGGCAGACGGCUCAACUGGCGGAGGCAACAUCGCCUGGUACAGAUUCGACGAAGAGGAGGGCACUGCUGUACAAGACUCCUCGCCAAAUGGCCGCAGCGCCGGUAUUGAGGGUGAUAGCAACUCUGGCGAUGCCGACUGGAUUCCCACACAUCCAGGUUACCUUGGUGCCCUUCCUGAAGACACCGUCCUCCGACUCGGUCCUCCUCGAUGGGCAGUCUAUGGCAGUGACAAGGCAGUGAACACCUGGGCACCUUGGUACACGCAGCACAAGAUCCUGCGAGGACUUCUUGAUGCCUACUACCUGACAGAAAACAAGCAAGCAUAUGAUGUUGUUGUGAAGAUGGCAGACUGGGCUUAUCUCGCACUAACGAUUGGCGACAAAAACCAAGAGGGUUACGCGGGAAAUCUCACAAGGGCUGACCUCAACUACAUGUGGGAUCUCUACAUCGCUGGUGAAUUUGGUGGAGCCAACGAGGUCUUCCCCGAAAUCUAUCAGUUGACUGGCGACGAGAAGCACUUGGAGACAGCAAAGGCGUUCGACAACAGGCAGUCACUAUUUGGCGCGGCGGUCGAGGACCGAGAUAUCCUCGUAUUGCAAGCGAAGGACAACCCGGGUCCCCGCCGGCCCAACCGUCUGCAUGCCAACACUCAUGUUCCUCAGUUCAUCGGAUACAUGAGAAUCUUCGAGCAUAAUGCAGAGCAGGAAUACUUUGACGCGGCCAAGAACUUCUACGGCUGGGUCGUGCCUCAUCGUGGUUUCGCAACGGGCGGAACGGGUGGAAACUUCCCGGGCUCCAACAACAAUGUUGAGAUGUUCCAGAACCGUGACAACAUCGCAAACGCUAUUGCCGGUCAGGGCGCGGAGACAUGUACGGCGUACAACAUGCUCAAACUAGCAAGGAAUCUUUUCAUGCAUGAACAUCAUGCGUCAUACAUGGACGACUACGAGCGUGGCCUGUUCAACAUGAUUGCUGGGUCGCGCCUGGACACUGAUGCCACUGAUGAGCCGCAAGUCACGUACUUCCAGCCUCUCAGUCCUGCAUUCAGUCGUGAAUACGGUAACACUGGCACCUGCUGCGGUGGUACCGGUAUGGAGAGUCAUACCAAGUACCAGGAAACGGUCUACCUGCGGUCUGCGGAUGGGUCUGCUCUUUGGGUCAACUUGUACAUCCCAUCUACUCUGAAAUGGGAGGACAGGGGCUUCGAAGUGAUUCAAGAAACUGAUUUCCCCCGCUCUGACAAGGUCAAGUUUACCGUCAACGGCGAAGGACAACUUGAUAUCAAGCUUCGGGUGCCAGCCUGGGUCCAGAAGGGAUUCGACGUCACAAUCAACGGAGAAGCCCAAACUGGCGAAGAGCCUAAGCCCGGAACAUACCUGACACUCAGCCGGGCCUGGGCAAAAGGUGACGUGAUUGAGAUACAAAUGCCCUUCACUAUCCAUGUUGAACGUGCUCAAGACCGCCCGGAUACGCAGGCAAUCAAAUGGGGCCCAAUCGUGCUACAGGUGGUGGGUAGCCCGAACACCACCAGCGGCUACUGGGAACUUUCUCUGUACCGCUACCUGAAGCUUGAUGGUGAUUAUUCAACGGCGGCCAUCACGCAAACUGGCACCACGUCAGCCGGCGAUCCUCUCUAUACCACUGCCAAGGAAAAGGCCAGCGUGCGACCUUAUUACAUCAGUGAUACGCAACCCGUUUCGUCGUACUUCCGCCGUGUCGAGCCAGAAGUCGUCUUCGGAAGCAUUGAUACAGGUGUGGCCAACAACAAGCGAAAUGACACUUUGCCCCUGUAUGAUAUCCCAGUUGAGGGUAUUCAGUCGCCCGGUUCCGAUGGGCCUACGUUCCUUGAUCUGGUUUGGGACGACGCGCCAUUUGCUACCCACAAGGACUUUGUUGACACUGUUACCUCCGUUGCUGAUUCAUUUGUCCAAGCUGGGGUGUACACGAGCGAGGAGCGCGACACGAUCGUUGAGAAGGCUGGUGAGGCGGAGGAGGCAUUAGCUUCAUGA